UCACGGCGACAACUUCACUCGCUUGUCGUCGCGCACGACUUUCAAGUGGUUGAUUUUUGUCAAAAUUGCUCUCCAUUUACGCCCGUGCGCCCGUGUCCGCUCUUCAUUCGUUCCCGCAUCUACAUGUGCACUUAAAAUCUGAGAAGAAGGAUAAAGCUCAGUGAAAAAUCGUACGAAUAUCAAUUGCGGACAAGUGACAGGUCAUCGGGAACGAGAAUUUCGUUUUACGGCGGCAAAAUAUAGACUGUGCCCGCGUGUGUGAUAUAAAUCUGAAGAUCGCGAAUUAAGUGGAGUGCCGCGCGUGGCAUUCGCGUUUUCCAAUCACCUCAGCAGUCAAGGAUUUACCCAAGUUCGCGGAGAACUGAAGCAGUAGCCGUCGGCCGGCAGAGAAGUGAAAAAGUCGAGCAAUUUCUAGAGAAAAGAUCGCGAGCAGUCGACCUGAAGCAAAAUGCUCAUUAAAGAAUUCCGUGUAACUUUGCCGCUGACUGUGGAGGAGUAUCAAGUUGCACAAUUGUUCUCUGUAGCCGAGGCAUCAAAAAAUGAGACAGGUGGAGGUGAAGGUAUCGAAGUUCUAAAGAAUGAACCAUUUGAUAACCACCCACUUCUAGGUGGAAAAUACUCAUCGGGUCAAUACACAUACAAAAUUUACCAUUUGGCAUCUAAAGUACCAGCAUUUAUUAGACUUUUAGCACCCAAAGGUUCAUUAGAAAUUCAUGAAGAGGCAUGGAACGCUUAUCCAUAUUGUCGGACGAUAAUAACCAAUCCUGGGUAUAUGAAAGAGAGUUUUAUUAUAAGCAUUGAAUCACUACAUGUCGCCGACAAAGGUGAUAAAGAUAACGUCCAUGAACUACCCCCCGAGAAGCUAAAACAGCGUGAUGUCGUGCACAUCGAUAUUGCAAAUGAUCCAGUUACACCCGCUGAUUAUAAACCAACCGAAGAUCCAACAAAGUUCAAGUCAGAAAAAACAGGUCGGGGUCCAUUGGUUGGUAGCGACUGGAAGCAUAAAGUUGACCCUGUAAUGACAUGUUACAAAUUGGUUACAUGUGAGUUCAAAUGGUUUGGCUUGCAGAAUAGGAUAGAAAAUUUCAUUCAAAAGUCGGAACGAAGAUUAUUUACCAACUUCCACCGGCAAGUCUUCUGUUGGAUAGAUCGCUGGUACGGUCUUACAAUGGACGAUAUCCGUGCCAUUGAAGAUAAAACCAAAGAGGAAUUAGAUCGACAACGUCAAACAGGCGAAGUUCGAGGAAUGCGUGCCGAAACUGAUUAAAUGGAAACCAACUUUUAAAUUGAAGUGAUUAGAAUUGUAAUGAGAACGAAAUUGCUGCAACGGCUACAAUUUAAAACAACAAAAAAAACUAUUAAAAAAAAUUGUUCAGAGAAUUUUAAAUAAAUGUAAAAAUUAAGAAGAUGUCAUAUUUAUUUAGAAUGAGAAAGGAAUUAAAAAUGUCAAAAUAAAUGAUGAAAGCUAUAAAUUUAGUGAAAAAGAAUAUUAUUUAUCCAUAAACUUGGAUAAAUGUUAAAAUAAAGGUGAACAAUAAUUCAUUCAAACGAGAUAUAAAUGUUUUAAAUUGUAUUUUCUUCCUAUGAACCAUAACAAAUUAUUCAAAUGAAAGUAAAGAGAAAUUAGGUCGACGUUAGUAAAAAAUGUAACAAUAAAAUUUUAAGUCCAAAAUAAGAUAAAAUGAAGCUGAAGAUAUAAAUGCAUGAAGAGAGCCGAUGAAUAUGUUAAAAAGUAAUAAUCUGCAGUGAAAAUUCCGAACUAGGUACGAUUUAAUUAAAGAGACCACGGUUCACAUUCACAGUGUAUUUCCUCUGUACAUUUCCUUGAGUUUAUGUGGUUGUUUUCUCUAUGAAACCCUCCACUGACAAGCACUUAUGUAAAAAUAAUUACCGAUACCGUGUACAAUAUGUAGGAGAAUCAACAUCAGUUUACCGCGCCCUCGUUUAUGUUAGAAUAAAAAAUAUAUAAUAUGAUAAAAUAGGUCCAUUUUCUAUGCCAAGUAUUUUUUCAUGACGGUUAAACGCAUACAUAAAUGUUUUUUAAAGGAAUUAUCUGAUGAGUUUUAAUCUUACGUUGUAUAGUAUUUUAAUUUCCUUUUGUUGCUCUUGACUGUUUUGCGUGCUUGAAUGAUGAAUUAAAUAAGUAUUCACUAGACACAUACAAUUAGAACAAAAGAGUGUAAAUUGCAAGAUGGUUUAGAUGAAGUUCACAUUAAAGUUACAGGAGUAGGAAUGCAAAUUGUUUAUUUUAUGACGAAAUAUAUACAGAUUCAAAACUGAAACAUG